AAAACCAGGCGGAAAAUUUCCAGUCCCCCUCCCUCCGCCCCCUCCAAUCCCAAUCCCCGGGACAGAAACCACCCGCGUCGGCGUCGCAGCCUCCUCCAAUGGCGCUCUCCCUCGCGCGCAGCCCCCACCCCGCCCCCGCCGCGGCGGCCCUCUCGCUCCCCCGCAUUCAGGGCCGCAUUUCCCAGUACGCCCCGCUCCUCCACUCCCCUCGCCGCCCCUACCCCGGCCUCCGCCUCUGCCUCCCGGCCGCCGCCGUCGCGGCCUCCUCGCCGCCGGACGCGCAGGCCGCCGAGCCCGCGGCGGAGGGGGACGAGGAGCUGGGGGAGACGCGGCGGAAGCUCUUCGUGGGCAACAUGCCGUUUACCUUCUCCGCGGCGGAGACGGAGAAGCUCUUCGCCGAGUGCGGCGUCGUCAAGGACGUCGAGGUUAUCAAGAUGAAGGACGGGAGGAAGAGGGGGUUCGCGUUCGUCACCAUGGCCACCGCCGAAGAGGCCGCCGCCGUAGUGGAGAAGUUCGACGGCCACGAUAUCAAUGGAAGGGUCAUCAAGGUGGAAUUUUCGAAGAGCUUCAGAAAACCUGCUCCACCAUCAUCUCCGGACACCAUUGUCGCUAAGUACAAGCUUUAUGUUUCCAAUCUUGCAUGGAAAGCAAGGUCUGCCGAUCUGAAGGAGUUCUUCUCACAGUUUAACCCAGUUUCUGCAAAUAUAGUCUUUGAUGAUAGAAAAUCAGCUGGGUAUGGUUUUGUUUCUUUUGGAACAAAAGAGGAAGCAGAGGCUGCCCUCAGCGAACUCAAUGGAAAGGAACUUAUGGAAAGGCCUGUUAUUCUAAGAUGGCGGGAGGAUAAAGAAACUGUGAAGGCUGAUGGUGAAGUUGAAGGAGUGAAGGUUGAUGAUCAGGCAGAAGGUGUGGUGGUUGGUGAGAGUGGUGAGGUUGAAGGUGAAGAUAAACAGGAGUAGUCUAAUAGUACUGUGCUGGGAGAAAGUUGCAGUAGCCUUAUUGAUAAAAGUGCAGAUGCGGAAACUCAUUGUACAGAUACAAAAUAGAGGUGAUAAUUGUAAUCGAAGACUGCAGCAAAGGUUUCUGCCAUGAUGCUGUUAAGAAAAAUGGAAACAAAGGGCAUUAGCUGUAAUCAAGGUGAAACAUCGUCCAUGGGUAGCUGGCUUCAGUAUUCAAUACGAGUCAUGUGCUUAUUGUAGUGACCAGUACUUAUUUGUACUCCAUUGUGACCAUGAACUGUGUCGUUCCGAGAUACUUGUAGUUUCCUGAUUUUGGAUCCAGUUUACUGUAACAUUUCUUAGCUUGCUGAUCAGCUUUCGGCAAUGAGGCAUUCUCAAACUGCACUCAA